AUGGCAAACUCCUAUACACUCCUUGCUGAUUUGAAUGCCGGUCGUUGCUCGAACACGGCGGAGGUCUGGCUUCUGCGUUUUUGGAAGGCGUGGAACACCAGCAGAAACAGCGGACGGUCCGGCGAACUGAUGAGCCUUGACAUGCUCCUCAUUGAUGAGAAUGUAAGAAUCGAUUCUCUACAAUAUGUUCCUCUUAGGAGAGACGUGAACGUUUGUGUAAGUAUGUUUGACAGGUACUCCCAUUGGAUCAAUGUGGGAGUUGAAGCACAUAUACUUGAACAGGUUGCUGUCACAGAGGUACUUGGAGGUGGUCGCUUCUUUGUUCAGUCGGUCGGAGACCAGAAACUAGCUUUGAUUCAGAACCGUCUUGCAUCUAUGUUUGCUAAAGAGGGGUGA